UAGAACAUAGAUAGAUCUGAUACAUAAAUGUCAGGACUUUGGGAGAACGCAUAAGUAAGCAAACAAACAAUCAACCAACCUCCCCAACCCCGAUAUCAUUCUCAUUCUCAUUCAUUAUGAUUAUGUCGAGCUCCGACGAAAACCGUCUGCCAUGGGUGACCCGUAUGAGUGUCUCAUUCCUCUCAUUCCUCACUGACACGGCUCGGCACUCUAAUGGCACCGUCAAUAGGCACUUUCUCCGUCUCUUCGACUUGCGAUCUCCUCCCAUCCCCAAUCCAAACUCUAGCAGUGGCUCCCAAUCCGUGUCCACAUCUGACGUCACCAUCGACCCUUUCCGCAACCUCUGGUUCCGCCUCUUCGUCCCGGCCUGCGCCUCCUCAACCGCUACCAAUUCCCUUCCAGUGCUUCUCUUCUUCCACGGCGGCGGCUUUUCCUUCCUCAGCCCCGACUCUAUUGUCUACGACUCCUUUUGUCGGAGGAUGGCUCACAAACUUCCUGCUGUAGUCGUUUCCGUCAACUAUCGAUUGUCGCCGGAACACCACUACCCUUGUCAAUACGAUGAUGGGUUUGACGUUCUAAACUUCCUCGAUGGAGAUCACAAGGGCGUCCUGCCAGAGGCGGCGGACGUGUCGAGGUGCUUCCUAGUGGGAGAUAGCGCUGGCGCCAACUUGGCCCACCACGUGGCGGUGCGGGUGGCAAGAAGAUCAAAUUCAUCAUCGAAUUCGGCGUGGAAGGCAGUGAGGGUGGAGGGGCUUAUGUCGAUACAACCGUUCUUUGGGGGAGAGGAGAGGACGGAGGCGGAGAUGAGAUUCCCGGAGGGCCCAGUGGUGACGGUGGAGAGGACGGAUUGGAUGUGGAAGGCAUUCUUACCGGAGGGAGCGAGUAGGGACCACCCGGCUGCCAAUGUGAGUGGGCCGCAAGCGGAGGACAUCUCAGGAUUGAAGCAUUUUCCUCGGACGGUGGUGAUAGUUGGGGGAAUGGACCCUCUUCAGGACUAUCAAAAGAGGUACUUCCACUGGUUGAGGAGCUCCUUCAAGGAUGCUCGGUUGUUGGAGUAUCCUAAGAUGAUUCACGCUUUUUACGUCUUUCCUGAGUUGCCCGAAUCAACUCACCUCCUCACUCAACUCAAGGACUUCAUCUAUCCUAUCUACAAUUGCACCUCCUCACCAACUCACUAACCCUCUUUUCUUUAUUUCUUUUUCCUUUUUUGUCCCCAUUUUUUGAGGAGUAAA